AUGGCAGGCGCCGCAAGUCCGCUGACGCCGGUUUCGGUGCGCGGGUGGGUCGCGAAUUUUGGUCUGGGUAUGCGCAUCACUGCCGUCUGCUGCAAACACCACAUUGCUGCCAGCUCAAGCACCACCACAGCAAUGGCCAUGUCGCUACGGGCAGCCCGGCUCCUGGGUCGCAGACAACUAGCACCCCGGGCAAGUCUUGCUCUUCGUGCCGCCUCGCUUUCGCCUCGACCGUGUCUCGCACCCCGAACCUUUGCCACGACCGCCGUCCGUCGCGAUGCCCAUGAUGUCUUUCCCUCGAUGAAGGAGAGCCCGGCGGCGAGCUUCCUCUCUUCGCUCAAUGAGACGCCCGCAACACCCCAGACUCUCACCGAGAAGAUUGUGCAGCGGCAUGCCGUCGGCGUUGCGCAGGGCAAAGUCCUCAGGUCGGGCGACUACGUGACAUUGCAACCUCACAAAUGCAUGACACACGACAACUCGUGGCCUGUGGCGCUCAAGUUCAUGGGCAUCGGAGCCACCAAGAUCAACGACCCCAACCAAAUCGUCAUGACGCUCGACCACGACGUACAAAACAAGACGGAAAAGAACUUGAAGAAGUACAGCCAGAUCGAGGAAUUUGCACAGAAGCAGGACGUCGUCUUCUACCCCGCUGGCAGGGGCAUUGGUCACCAAAUCAUGGUAGAGGAGGGCUACGCCUGGCCGGGAACACUCGCGGUAGCUUCUGACAGCCACUCCAACAUGUACGGCGGUAUUGGAUGCUUGGGUACACCUGUCGUGCGCACAGAUGCGGCGAGUAUCUGGGCAACGGGCAAGACCUGGUGGCAGAUUCCGCCCGUGGCCAAAGUCACACUGAAUGGCAAAAUGCCCCAGGGUGUGACUGGAAAGGAUGUCAUCGUUGCUCUGGCUGGCCUCUUCAACAAGGACGAAGUGCUCAAUCACGCCAUCGAGUUCACCGGCACUGACGAGACCCUGGGCAGCAUUCCCAUCGACGAUCGUCUCACUAUCGCGAACAUGACAACCGAAUGGGGUGCGCUUACGGGUCUAUUCCCUAUCGACUCUACCCUGCACGGCUGGCUUCGCGCAAGGGCCACUCUGGCAGCUAUGGGAGAAGGACAGGCCAAGGACCACCAUCAACAACAGUUUGUCCACGAACGUAUUGAUAAGCUAUUCACUGCUACUGGUAUCGUUGGUGAGAAGAUGGGUCACAUCUUCAAGCCUGCGUUGGCUGCGGACAAGGGAGCGGUAUAUGCCAAGGAGCUCUUCCUUGACCUGUCAACUCUGUCACCCUACGUCUCCGGUCCCAACUCCGUCAAGGUGGCCACCCCACUGCUCGAGCUCCAGAGCCAAAACAUCUCCAUCAAUAAGGCUUACCUCGUGUCCUGCACCAACUCCCGCGCUUCCGAUCUUGCUGCCGCUGCCAACGUCUUCAAGGAUGCCGCCGUUCUGAAUGGCGGCAAGAUUCCCAAGAUCCCUGACCAUGUCAACUUCUACAUUGCUGCCGCGUCAAUUCCUGAACAAAAAGCUGCAGAAGAGGCUGGUGACUGGCAGGCGCUUUUGGAAGCUGGCGCGCAACCAUUGCCUUCCGGUUGCGGCCCCUGCAUCGGACUUGGUACCGGUCUUCUCGAACCUGGUGAGGUUGGUAUCAGCGCCAGUAAUCGCAACUUCAAGGGUCGUAUGGGUUCGCCUGACGCCAAGGCUUACCUUGCUAGCCCUGAAGUAGUUGCUGCAAGUGCCCUGUCGGGCAUAAUUUCUGGCCCGGGAUGGUACGAGGCUCCUGAAGGCUACCAAGGUGUUCGACGUGGAGAGGGUGAUGGUGUUCCUGAAGAAGAACGCAUGAUGACAAUCGAGGAUAUGCUCGAGAAGGCCAUCAAGGACGCUGAGGCUGCCAUCGAUACGUUCGGCAACGCUGAGCCCGAGACACAAUCUGUCAAUCCGCCCGCGGCACCAGGAUCGGAAGCCGAGACGCUGACCGAGAUCCUCCCCGGCUUCCCUGAGAAGAUUAGCGGUGAGAUUGUCUUCUGCGAUGCAGACAACAUCAACACCGACGGUAUCUACCCCGGUAAAUACACAUACCAAGACGACGUUACCCGCGAGAAGAUGGCGGAAGUGUGCAUGGAGAACUACGACCCCAGCUUUGGGCAGAUUGCCAAGGCCGGCGACGUACUCGUAUCCGGUUUCAACUUCGGUUGCGGUAGCAGCCGUGAGCAGGCCGCAACUGCUAUCCUGGCCAAGGGCAUCCCGCUAGUCGUCUCCGGUAGCUUUGGUAACAUCUUCAGCCGAAACAGCAUCAACAAUGCUUUGAUGGGUGUCGAGGUACCCAAGCUAGCCAACCGUCUCCGCGAGGUCUUCUCUUCCAAGGAUGCGACAUCCUCACAACAGGCUAUUAAGGAGCCUUCCAAUAACAGCGAGUCGCUUGAUUCGCCACCUCCCGCUGCUGCUGCUCAGCCAAGUCAAGCCAAGCAACUAACCCGCCGCACUGGCUGGACCCUGGAAUGGGAUGUUCGCAGGAGUACCGUCUCUGUACAAGAAGGACCAAAUGGCGCCAAGUGGAACGUCAAGGUCGGCGAGCUACCUCCCAACGUCCAAGAGAUCAUCGCUCUCGGCGGAUUAGAAAACUGGGUGAAGAAGGAGAUUGGCAGCCCUCUCUCUUGA